CCCAUUUACAAUGCCUUCAAGACCGACAGCUCAUUCUACUUCAUGGCGUUCUUCUUUGUGUUCAUGGCACAACUUUUUAUUGCUAUAAUUCAGGCCAUUGGUAUACCAGGAUGGGGUGUUUGCGGCUGGUUGGGCACCAUCUCCUUCUUUGGCACGAGUAUCUUUGCCUCCAUCAUCAUGUUAAUCCCCACCCUCAUGUUCACCGCAGUCGCUGCCAUCUCGUUUAUCGUGCUCACGAAGGUUCAUAACUUCUACCGUGGCAGUGGCGGCAGCAUGAGUAAAGCGCAGGAGGAGUGGGUGUCUGGCGCCUGGAAGAACCCUCAGGUCCAGCAGGCGGCUCUGGGUGCAGCGGCCGGAGCGGUGCAGGGCCCGCAGACGCCGCAGUACUCCACACAAAACUACGACAACACCAUGUGAAACACAGCCAGAGCAUCAGUCAUCAACACACACACACACACAGGCCGAGCCACACACCCGCUGAGCCUGAAGUGAGGUGGAACGAACCGACUGAUGCUUGGUUGCUCAGUUUUUAAUUUAAAUGUUUGUGUGUUUGUUCAUGUUUUUGUAUCUGUUUUAGCCUAUUUGCUCCCUGCUUUCUGCUAACGUUCCCAUUAAGUUAUGAAAACAUUAUUUCAGAAUAUAUUUCCUGAACAUUCAACACGACCAUU